AUGGAGGAUAGGCGAUGCCCUGUUUGCAGGAGUGAUGUGUAUCUCAAUCCUGACAUAGUGUUGUAUGUUAGCCCGUGUUUCCAUAAGAUGUGUGAAUCGUGCAUUUUCAGGAUAUUCAGCAAAGGGCAGGCGCCAUGUCCUGAGUGUGGAACAAUGCUCCGUAAAGUAAACUACAUCAAGCCGACUUUUGAGGACAUGGCAGUGGAGAAAGAGUGUAAGAUCCGUAGAACACUUUUUCGGGCAUUUUCACGGGAUGAGGAUGAAUUUCAAGGAGAUACUGAAAAGUACAAUGACUAUCUCGAGGCAUUUGAGGAACUUGUCUUUGAGGUACUUGGAUUUAAGAGUGACAUGCUUGUGAAGGAUCGAAUAAAGGAGAUACAGGCGAUGGGUUCAGAGUGUAUUUUGAAUCCUGCAGAAAAGAUAGCUUUAGGAAAAGUUAAAUGCUGGAAAGAUGCAAGACAGCAGGAAAUUGGCCUUGAAGAAGAUGUAAAUCACAAGAUGCGUAAGGUUGGGCUCUUUAACGACUACUUUGAUCCAUCAGAGCUUGCUGAUGUGUUUGUGGAGUUAAAAGAAGGCGCUCGCUUUCCUGAUGGUGUUUUUAAAUUGAAUACAGCAAGUGGAGUAAUAAAUGAUUUAAUUGCUUCGUUUGCAGUUUGGUCUUUGGAAGAGUUGAAGAUUUGA